CGGCGUGACGACGCCACACGCUCCCGGAAGUAGGAGGCGUCCGGCGGAGUUUGUGUGGCGGCCGCCGCGGGAACGGGGAGCGCGGUAGUUUUCUUUAUUUGUUUUGUUUUUUUUUUUGAAGGGAGAAAAGGCGGCUUCGCGGGGCUCGGCGGAGCAGGAGCGAGCGGCGGCGGCCAUCUCCCGGCGGUGAGAGGCAGCAUGGAGGACGAGCGGGGCCGGCCCCGCGGCGGCGGCGGCGGCGGCGACGCGGCUCAGCAGAAGACGCGGCGGCCCGAGUGUGAGGAGCCGCGGCCGCUGAGCGUGGAGAAAAAGCAGCGAUGUAGACUUGAUGGCAAAGAAACAGAUGGAUGUAAGAUCAUUACCUCCAAUGGAAGUGACUUCAGUGACCCAGUUUACAAAGAGAUUGCAAUGACAAAUGGUUGUAUUAACAGAAUGAGUAAGGAGGAACUCAAAGCCAAACUCUCAGAAUUUAAACUUGAAACAAGAGGAGUCAAGGAUGUCCUAAAGAAGAGAUUGAAAAACUAUUACAAGAAGCAGAAGUUGAUGUUGAAAGAAAGCAAUUCUGUGGACAGUUAUUAUGACUACAUUUGUAUUAUUGACUUUGAGGCUACUUGUGAAGAGGGAAACCCAGCUGAUUUUCUACAUGAAAUCAUUGAGUUUCCUGUUGUUCUGUUGAAUAUACACACCUUAGAAAUAGAAGAUACGUUCCAGCAGUACGUGAGGCCAGAGGUUAACUCACAUCUUUCAGAUUUCUGCAUCAAUCUUACUGGAAUUACUCAGGAUCAGGUAGACAGAGCCGAUGCUUUCCCUCAGGUCCUGAAGAAAGUAAUUGAGUGGAUGAAGUCAAAGGAAUUGGGCACUAAGUACAAGUACUGCAUAUUAACAGAUGGUUCCUGGGAUAUGAGUAAGUUCUUGAACAUCCAGUGCCAGCUCAGCAGGCUCAAAUACCCUCCCUUUGCUAAAAAGUGGAUCAAUAUUCGAAAGUCAUAUGGAAACUUUUAUAAGGUUCCUAGAAGCCAAACCAAACUGACAAUAAUGCUGGAAAAAUUAGGAAUGGAUUAUGAUGGGCGGCCUCACAGUGGUCUUGAUGACUCUAAGAAUAUUGCUAGAAUAGCAGUUCGGAUGCUUCAGGAUGGAUGUGAACUUCGAAUCAAUGAAAAAAUGCAUGGAGGACAGUUGAUGAGUGUGUCCUCUUCCUUACCAGUAGAGGGCGCUCCAGCUCCACAGAUGCCACACAGCAGAAAGUAGCUGGGUUUUUGUCUGGAUCCGUUUCUACAAACGAAGAGGUAGCCGAGGAAUGCAUCGGCUCUAGUGCAACCUUCGUGCACCUUAAACAUUUGAAACUGUACUACAAUUACAGAUAGAUGGGUGUGUAUGCAAACAUUGUGUGGGAGGACACACUGGCUUCUCUGUCACCAGCACUUUUGAUAGGAGCAGUGUUUGUCACACAGUAACCAUUCCUACUUAGAACUGAACUUUAUAAGGUGUCCAAAAUGUGUUCCUUUGGUUUUAAAAUGCCAGGUUUUAUUGAUUCACUCCUUGAAUGUCGUGUCUUCCUGAUGUUGAAAUUUGAAAUGAAUUUCUACAUUAACACCAUUAAAUUAAAUAUGUUUUUGGAAGUGUGGAAAGGAUUGAGAAGUAGUGUUUAUGUUCCCAUUGGGUUUUAGUACAUCAUAGUCCUUUUCAUUUUUGAAGUUUGUAGGUGAAGUUCAUCUCCAGUCCUCUUCUCAGUAUCAUUGAGAGAUUUCUUCUAGGAAUGCCGUGUGGGUACCAGAUUCUACAGAUGUUCACAUUCUGUACCUCCAGUAGCAUAAUGUUUGUAUAUAAGCUACACAUAUUCUCCUGUAUAUUUUAACGAUCUCUAGAUAACAUACUUACUAAACUAUGAAGAUAGUUGUACUAUUUAGGGUGAAUGACAAGAACAAAAGUAUACAAGUUGGUGCACACACAACCACAGUAGGCCUUACCACAUAGCACACAAAGAGGUUGCUCAGCCAGCACCAGCUGGAAACAAACUAGGUCUGAGGUGAUGGGGGCGACAGCAGUUGUCCUGUGCGUUACACAUCAGGUCCACUCAGCUUAGUUAGUGCUUGCUGGGCAGCAAAUUUGGGUAGUUCUUUCUGGAACAUUGCAUGUAUUCAGGACAGGUAAUUGCUUCCAAAGGUGUCUCCCACUAAGCUUGACUACCUGAGUUUGAUCCUAGGAGCCACACGGUGGACUGAGAAUCAAUUCAAGGAUGUCCUCUGACCCUCUACUUGCACACUGUUAGAACUGAGCCCACACAUAUACACACAUGUAUUUCCAAAACAAAUAAGCAAAAUGUAAUAAAGUACUGGGGCACAUCUGCCAGUUUCAUCUCAUAACUGGAAACCUUGUCAUAGAUUACAGGGUCUAGUUAAAAAUCUAGUUAUUAUGCCAGGCAGUGGUGGCGCACACCUUUAAUCCCAGCACUCCGGGAGGCAGAGGCAGGCGGAUCUCUGAGUUCAAGGCCAGCCUGGGCUACAGAGUGAUUUCCAGGAAAGGUGCAAAGCUACACAGAGAAACCCUGACUCAAAAAAAAAAAAGUCCUAGUUAUUGACUAAUGAAAAAUUAGAAGAAGCAGCCUGGUGGCAUGCACAUGUAAUUCCAAUGCUCAGAAGUUAAGACAGAGAUGAAUCUGAGGCCACCCUGCAUCACAUACGCAAACCCGACUCCAAAAAGGGUCAGUAAAAAAUAGAAGUGAAAUUAUAAGAGCUAUAAGACACAAAUCAAUGGGAAUGUUUAGAGAUUUGUACGUUAGCCUCUCUCUCCAUUGUGAAUGUGUAUUUGCCCCACUUUUGAGAUUGACUUACAGCUCAUGAUGAGCAUUGACAUUUGUGUUCAGUACUGUGGGGUUAAAUGUUCUGUGCCAUAGUUAGUAAAAGUACCUGGCUUGUCUUAGUGAGAGACCAGUAUAUACUGGAAAAUAAUUCCUAUUUCUAAAAUCAAAAUGUGCUUUGGAGAUAUGUAAAAUUCUGUCUAGAGGCUGAAAGUGUGAACUUUUGGAAUUAAACCCCUUUCAAGUUUUU